GCGCGCUAACCACUGGACUGCCGUGCCGCCCUAAUAAUCAGUUAAUUCUACUAUUAUAAUAUGCAGAGGACCAAUGAAAAUUAACCAAAAAAGGCCCCUGAACCACACUUUUGACACCCGUGGCGUAUAUGGAUUGUGAUCAGUGUGUAGGGGGGAUGCUUAUAAACGUACAUGCACGGGGGAGAACCUGCAAACUCCACACAGAGAUGGCCAAGAGUGGAAUUGAACUCAGGUCUCCUAGCUUUGAGGCCUGCGCGCUAACAUCCUCCACCGUGCAGCCCCUAUGAUGAUUUGAUGGCCAAUUUCCUAUGAUUUGUUGUGUGAUGUUCAAUGUCAUUCAAACCAAGCCAAAAGAGCAUCCAUCAGCGACCAAGGAACUAUGAAUAAGGUCUACCAACCACUGAGGAGAGUCCUCCUCCAUGAAUGAGCGGGAGGGUUUCGUGCAUGCAAAGACACACCCUUCCCCCCACUCAUGUGCAGAAAAAUGUGAAUGAGGAAGCAGGGGGCUGAGAAUGAAACGGCAUCCCCUCCAUCCAUCCUCCCUUUUUGUCUCAGAUCAGAACCCAUCACUUGCGUGAUUCCACGAUGAGACCGGCCCACUCGGCAUACACGUGCUCUUUAUAGCAUCAUGCACGCCAAUGCAUACAUUGCUACAUAGUGUAUAAUGUCUGCCUUGGUACAUGUAGCGUACUGCUGUGCACACUCACGUGGCACUGUCCCGGGUUUCGUGGGAGGCAUCCCCGCCUCCUCUUCAGCUCCUAUAUUGCUGUAGAUCAGUCAAUGAGCAGCCUCGGUCGGUAGGGAAAAACUAUUUGUGCUGACACUUGAGAACGGAGAACUUGUGAAGGGCGGGGGGGGGGCAUGGUUGGCCUGAGUGAGCAUUGUUUCUGCAUCACUGACAACUUCCAUAAACCAUUUCAUGAAUGGAUUGACCCCUAAAAUCAUUUGGAGGAUGACUGAGAGCUCAGUUCUUGUGAUACAUUUUUUCCAUGUUCAUUGAUGAAUUUAGAGAUUUAGAGUAAGUACAUAAAAAUAUAUAUCAGGUGAGUACAAUGGCAUGUACUUUUCAUGAUGCUUAGUCAGCCACUUCUAAAUAUAUACUUCAUAGUAGAUGAUGGUAAUGGUGGUCAUUGUCCCCAUGCACAUCAUUGCGGGACGUGAUGUACUGAUUUUAUUUUUGGCUCCAUGAAUGACCCCCCCACCCCACCCUCUCCCACACCCCACCCCUCCCAACCUCAUCUCUUUCAACAUUUUUCUUCAUAUCUUCAAACUUGGUGCACAUGGUGCAUCUCACAACCUCCAGCUCCAACACGCUCAGCCCCUCCCAUUUUGUGUAUAGUCGAGCCAAUGAGAGCAGUCCGCCUCUCCCAGCCUCUGCUGCAGCACUCGCUCCAUUGGCCGCUAUUCUUAGAUAUUUUUGGAGGGAGGCGUGGAUUAGAGUACCUCGUUCUCCCAGUGUUUACACACACGAGAACAGGCAGUAACUGAGUGAAUGAGAGAGAGUGUGGAAGGAAGGUGUGCAGAUUCUCUGCCCUGCAUCCUCUCAUCCCACAGCUCUGUUGUUCUUCCGUGGACCUCUGAAGUAUUCUGCUUGUACUACUUGGAGACUUUACCAGUGGACUCCCUGCUUGCAGUCGCUUGUGCUCAGGCAAGCAGUGUAGAAGCUCAGAGAAGCUCAGACGGUGGCAGAGGAUGACCACAAAGCUCAGCUCUAUCAUUCCAUUUUAUUCUUGCGCUCAAUGCUUGAUUUUGUGCUGAAAUGCCAGAAGUGAAUCUUUUCAUCUCGGUGUCGUGGAUGUUCAUUCAGUUCAAGAGGAUGCUGAACCGAGAGCUCAGCCAGCUGUCAGAAACCAGUCGCUCUGGGAACCAAGUCUCUGAGUUCAUCUCUAGUACCUUCCUAGAGAAGCCACAUGACAUGGACAUCCUGGCUCCAACCACCAAGGAGGAGAAGAAGAAGCGACCCAUGUCCCAGAUCAGUGGUGUCAAAAAGGCCACGCACAGCCCCAGCCUUGCACCCUCUACCAUCCCUCGCUUUGGGGUCAGCACCAGCAAGGAAGGUCUCCUUGCCAAGGAAUUGGAGGACAUUAACAGAUGGGGGAUUGACAUCUUUAAGAUCUCAGAGUAUUCUGGCAAUCGUCCACUCACGGUCACCAUGUACACCGUUUUCCAGGAACGCGACCUUCUCAAGUCUUUCAAGAUUCCGACAGACACUUUCAUCACAUUCAUGAUGACUUUGGAGGAUCACUACCAUGCAGACGUGGCGUAUCACAACAACAUCCACGCCGCCGACGUUGUCCAGUCCACACACGUGCUGCUUUCCACGCCUGCACUAGAGGCUGUGUUCACCGAUUUGGAGAUCCUCGCUGCUCUGUUUGCCAGCGCCAUCCAUGAUGUGGAUCACCCUGGAGUUUCCAACCAGUUUCUCAUUAACACCAAUUCCGAGCUGGCGUUGAUGUAUAAUGAUUCGUCCGUGUUGGAGAAUCACCACUUGGCAGUUGGCUUCAAGCUUCUGCAGGAGGACAACUGUGACAUCUUUCAGAAUCUCAGCAAGAAACAGAGACACUCACUUCGUAAAAUGGUCAUCGACAUGGUGUUAGCCACUGAUAUGUCCAAACACAUGAACCUGCUGGCAGACCUAAAAACCAUGGUGGAGACCAAGAAGGUUACCAGUUUAGGCGUUCUGCUGCUGGACAAUUACUCAGACCGCAUACAGGUUCUUCAGAACAUGGUGCACUGCGCUGACCUGAGUAACCCCACCAAGCCGCUGGAGUUGUACCGACAGUGGACUGACAGGAUCAUGGUGGAGUUCUUCACCCAAGGGGACAGGGAACGAGACAAGGGCAUGGAGAUCAGCCCCAUGUGUGACAAACACAACGCCUCCAUUGAGAAGAGCCAGGUGGGUUUCAUUGAUUAUAUCGUUCAUCCUCUGUGGGAGACGUGGGCCGACCUUGUUCACCCCGAUGCACAAGAGAUCCUUGACACGCUGGAGGACAACAGAGAGUGGUACCAGAGCAUGAUCCCCCACAGUCCCUCACCCAACCCUGAAGAACCACAGGAAGGAGGUCUUACUGGUGAAGCUUCUGGCUUUUGUGUCGGCGGCAGCACCGCAUCCACCGACAAGUUCCAGUUUGAGUUGACCUUGGAGGAGGAGGAGGGAGAGUCGGAUACUGAGAGCCUGCCCGAGGAAGAGGAGGGCUGCGGCAGUUACAGAGGGACUGAAGUGUCCAGAACUGAUUCUGGUGGCGGAUUUGAUGCUCACCCACCUCCCACAACGAUCACUACUGAUGCAACAAGGACGUUUUCUGAUAAAGACAUGGCAGCACAAAGAGGGACAGACCCCGAAGCGCCGUCUGGGGUAUCAGACAUCAGACUCGACUCAUAGCACCCAUCCCAAGUUCCUUCAGCCAUUUCUUUUGUGUUUAUUUUUCAUCUUGAUUUCAGUGCCUCCUCCUUUAUGACUCUUCGACACCCCCUCUCCCACUCCACACCACUUUCACCGUCGUUUCCACAGACAGGGUGCCUGCAGCAGCAACUCGGGUUGUGAGGUGCUGAGAAGGAGGCCUGCAGUUGAAGCACUAAAGGAAAGCAGAUAGACUUGAGGCCACUAGAGGACAGGAAUCAGGUUGCUGACUGGUCCUCUCUGUUGUGUCAGUGAGGCACACUGUGGAUAUUCCACUGAGACUAUUGUCCACCACGAAUGAAUUGUCUUCCUCUUUCUAGCGUUUUUAUAAACAAGGCGAGGAAGCGAUGAGUGAUAUGAGAUCACAAUGACAUCAGAUACUUGAAGAUGUUUCACCUUUCAUUCAAGAGUCCUCUUCGGUUUUGAUUCGUUGACUCGUUUGUGUUUUGCCUGACUUUUAAUGUUGAUUUUUAUUUCGGGCCACAGUCAAAUUGAUGCAAGCAAAGCACAUGCAGAUCAGAGCUAUGCACACUGUAACGUAGGAAGCGUGAAAUGUAGCAGACAUUUUUGAGUGACUGCUGUAUAUGAGCUCGACUAAAAGAAUAAUUUAAACAAAACGAAAUUAAUUCAAUUCAUUUACUUUAAAUCUCUAAAGCCCUGAACGCGUCAUACUGUCAGAAAUGAGCCAAACAAGACAGUCAGGGACUAACAUCCAAAGCAAUGUGGUCUGUGUGCAUGGUGCCACCUAGUGUUGAAAACUAGUACAAGAUUAUUUGCACGGCUUGCAUGGAACAUAUAUUCAAAAUGUGUUCCCCUGCAGCGCCCCCCCCCACCCCACCCAACCCCCAUGCAAAUAUCAUCUGUUUCUGCUUUGUUACUAUUUAAAUUAUAUUUGCUUUUAUUUUAAAGUCUAUAUUUUGACACCCAUUGUAUCAGUUUGCCUUCAGGUUUGAGCACUUUAGAGUUUCAUUUAAGGCUGGCCCCUCAUUGUAAUUGGGAAGGGCUUUGAUUCAAACCACAAGCACAUGGAGGCUGCUGACUGAAAGACUAAAUGGCUGGAGAUCAUGCAAACACUACAUCCAAAAUGUAGGAAGGAUUGCGUUUUAAAAACACACAGGGCCGCAUCUUUGUAACUGUAAAACCAAAUGUGAGGCCGUUCCCUCUUGUUAAUCAAUAUUUUGCUCUUCAUCACACAAGUCAAUGACAAAACAAGUGCCAGGCUAGCAUGACACAACCCGUACUGUAGUUUCCAUAUUGCCACCGGCUACUUUCCACCAGCAAGUUGGUUGAUUGUAGCACCUCGUGCCAACCUGACCCCAGCGUCUCUGUCCCUUGUCAGCUUUUCAAACUGUACAUGAUAUUGUCUUAAAACGGUGAUGUGUUUUUGUAUGUGAGAGUGAAUGAUGGGGUGGUCUUUUUUUUUUUUUAGAUGCAUUUGCUCAUAAAAAAAAAACCAAAGCACUUUGUAUAGUACUUUUACAAUGAUGUACCUCCAUUAGAGUUGAACAUGUAUAAUGUGACCAUUGGUGGUUGAGUGGAAAUCCUGGGCUACAUCACUACAGCUCUUAAAGGUUGGUUGGAGGGACUGAAGUUUGUUUAGUUUUUUUUGUCUGAUGCACACAAGAGAUGAACAGUCUCUUAGUUUUACCACAAAUCAAUCCUGUUUAAUGUGUGAACAAGCUUUUAUUUCUUCUUUCUGCCUUAUUUUCACACCUGGAUGUUUCUUUCAUGCUGGAGGAAAAUGUGUGCAAUGCUUUCUGUAGCCAUUAACAGACCAACGCUCCAGGAUGCCUUCAAAACUAAGGACUAUCUCACAGCAUCUUCACCAGAACAACAUGCAACAGGGUUCUGUUUAUGUUUUGUCUUGUACAUGUUCCUCACAUUGAUCCGUGUACAGUUUAUUUAUUAUUUCUGUACAAUGGAAAAGUAGUGUUUAAGGUUUAGUCCUUAUUUGUAGUUUGAUUUGGCAGAAUGACUUCUGGGACAGGUUACUCGACUUUUUUCCUCCACUUUUCACAUUUUAACAGCAAUUAACAUACAUAAGCAAAGUUACACAUUUUCAUGUUUUGUCUGUAUGCAAACUAGUUGAGUGUCAGCUUUUUGAAACAUUUCUCCUUUUUACUGUCUUCCUCUGUUGUCAUUGCACACCAAUAUUCAUGGAGGUUAUGGUCCAUUCUGUGACAAUUUUAUAGUGGUUCUAAAAGUCAUCAGAGAUCAGAAUUUCUAUACCACAGCUUUGACAAUCCAAUCUGUUGUUUAACUGCGGGUGUUUUUGCCCUCUUUCCAACUAGAACUGUAUGCCUUGCCAAUAAAAGAAAAAAAUAUUUCACUCUUU